AUGAAGUUGUUGUCAAUAUUAGUUGCAGUGGCAUUGAUUGCCAUUGUAGCCACAGAGGCUCAGACACCUGUUGCUGGACCACUGAUCGUACCACAACCACAGUCAGUUAACUUUGGCGACCAGACAUUGCAACUCAACCCAGACAAGUUCCAGAUUGAGACGUCGUCAUCGUCUCAGGUGUUGGCCAUCGCAAUCAAGCGCUACCAGCAGCUGUUCUUCCUGUUUGGCGCCGGCAAGAGCUCGGCGCCCGCCGCCACACUCAACAUCAAGGUGGCGUCCGAGGAUGACACACUCGACUUUGGCGUCAGCGAGAACUACACGAUCUCGGCCACCACUGACAGCCUGGCCAUCAUGGCCGACACGGUGUACGGCGCGAUCCGCGGCCUCGAGUCCUUCUCGCAGAUGAUCAUCUACGACUUUGCCUCACAGCAGUACACUCUGCCCUUCCUGCCCGUCGUCAUUGUCGACUUCCCUCGCUUCCCAUGGCGUGGAAUCAUGAUCGACUCGGCUCGCCACUUCCUGCCCGCCGCCUUCAUCAUGCACACGAUCGACGCACUCGCAUACAACAAGAUGAACACGCUGCACUGGCAUGUGACUGACGGCCAGUCCUACCCCAUCUCGUCGGCCACCUUCCCCAACAUGACACUGGGCGCCUGGGACCCCGCCGCCACCUUCUCCAUCGCCGACGUCCAAGAGAUCGUCGCCUACGGCAAGACCCAAGGAGUGCGUGUCGUGCCCGAGUUUGACGUGCCAUCGCACACCUACUCGUGGGGCGCUGCCUUCCCCUCGAUCAUCUCCAACUGCCCCGACUCAUUCAACGGCAACAUUGGCCAGUACCCACUGACCCCCGCCAACAACCUGACCUUUGAGGUGCUUGACGCUCUGUUCACCGAGUACGGUGGCUACUUCAUCGACAGCUACUUCCACACUGGUGGUGACGAGAUGCCCCUCGCCUGUUGGACCCAGGACCCCGCCAUCGUCGAGUGGAUGACCGACCUCGGCUGGACCACCGUCGAGGCCGAGCAGUACUUUGAGGACCGUCUCGACGCCAUCCUCGCGCCAAUGAAGAAGACCAAGCUGGUUUGGAACGACCCGUUCGUCAACGGCGUGCAGCUGGACCCAACCACCGUGAUCCAGGUGUGGGACUCCUCGUUCCAGGACAUUGUCAACGCAGGCUUCAACGUGAUCGUAUCGUACAACUACUACCUCGACCAGCAGGACCCCACCGGCACCGUCCAGUGGAUGUUUGAGAACACAUGGACCAACUUCUACGACAGCGACCCAUUCGACGGCAUCAACAGCAACCUGGACAAGAUCCUCGGUGGUGAGGCAUGCAUGUGGGGCGAGCAGGUCGACCAGUUGUCGAUCGACGUCCGUGUGUGGCCACGCGCCAUCGGUGUGUCUGAGCGUCUGUGGUCCGCACAGAACCAGACCGACGUCAACAACGCACUCACUCGCAUCAGUCCAUUCACCUGUCGUCUGUCCCAGCGUGGUAUUGCCAGUGGUCCACUCUCUGCAGACUUUUGCAUGUUGCCCGAUGACUUUGAGUCAUACCUCCGUGGACCACGUGAUCGUUUGACCCCAGACCAAAUCAAAUCACUCCUUGUCAACAACAAGAAACAAUAA